AUGGCCAAAUACGUCAAGGAUCAGUCUGCUGACUUCAGAAACACCAUUGAAAGAGUCGCUAUCAUCGGUGCUGGAGGUACCAUUGGAUUGCCCAUCACCAACGCUCUUCUGAAGACCGGAAGACACAUAGUUACGGCUAUCUCCCGCGAAGACAGUGGUAACAAGCUCCCCGAGGGCAUUCUCGUUGCCACAGUCGACUACAAUGAUGAAGCGACCAUUGUUGCCGCCUUGAAGGGCCAGCAAUUUGUGAUCAUAACCAUGGCCCCCACUGCGCCCAAGGGUACCCACAGCAAGAUUGUCCAGGCAGCUGCUAAGGCUGGCGUUCCUUAUGUCAUGCCUAACUGGUAUGCGGCCGAUAUUGGCAACGUUAAACUCGGCCAAGACAUCUUGCUGGGUCCCCAAGACCAGGCUAAUCGGAAUGAGAUUGAAAGCCUCGGAAUGCAGUGGGUCAAUAUAUGCUGUGGGUUCUGGUACGACUAUAGCCUGGCAGGCGGGGAAUCACGUUUUGGACUCGACUUUUCCACGCGUUCUUUGACUAUCUAUGAUGACGGAAACGCUCAGAUUUCGACAUCGACCUUAUCUCAGGUUGGGCGCGCCGUGGCUAAGCUUCUGAGCCUCAAUGAACUUCCCGAGGAUGAAAACGAUAAGAACCUUACUCUUUCGACAUUCCUUAACAAGGGCGUGUACAUCCAGAGCUUUUUGGUCAGUCAGAACGAAAUGUUUGAGAGCGUCAAGCGAGUCACUGGCACCACCAAUUCCAACUGGACGAUUACCCACGAGGCUACCAACAAGCGAUAUGAGAAUGGCCUAGCGCAAGUGAAAGUGGGUAACAUGAUGCACUUUAGCAAGCUGCUCUACGCCAGAGUGUUCUAUCCGGAUGGUUCCGGUGACUUCUCGAACAAGUCACAAAAUGAGUUGCUUGCAUUGCCAAACGAGGACCUGGAUCAGUCCACCAAGGCUGGAAUAGAUUUGAUUGCGGAGUUAGGCCGUCGGGUUGAGCGUAUGGCAGCAUAG